GGAAGGAACGCGCGCGCACACAUUGCAGAAGGGGGUGGAAAAGCUAAUGAAGGGGGGAUUAUAGGAUCAAAUUCGAUCAUGGGUCCGUCCAACAUCGUGUGUUUUGAGUGGAAGUGAAGUUUCUGGUUUUUCUUUUCUAAUUCUCUGAGAAUGUAUCUAAUUAGGUUUGUGGGAUGCCCGAAGCUUGUCUAACACUUCCCUCGCAUUGUCCGGCUCCUUUUUCUUUUCCGCUGUAGCGCACACAACAGCAAGGUGCUAAUUCGCCUUUAAUUAGGGAAAACUUCUGGGAGACUCCCAACAACUUUUUUAGGCAGCUCGAGCGGUCAGAAGAGAAGGAUAUAAGUUGCAGCCCGUCCCGGAAAAGUGAAUGUAGAGAAACGGCAGCGGAUUUUCCCGAAUGGCUCCGCGUUGGGCGCCUUAUGUAAAUAGACGUUUGUAAUUAUAUCAUUGUAGGAUGAACCAGCCCCCCUCCUCCCAAUGUCCAAUGAGAAGAGAGGCAGCUUGACACCUGCCUAUAUACAGGGGAAGGAGGAAAGGCUGAAGCACACUCAUCUACUCCGCACCGCUACCUCUAAUAUUAGGCCACUUUAAAGAGACAGAGACAAGGGGUUAAUCCAAAACGCGGCUAUGACUUCCAGUAAAAUAGAGAUGCCCGGAGGAGUGAAGACCGACCCCGCUGCCUUGAUGGCUUCCCUGCAGCUUCUGCCUUCUCCCAGCACUAACCUAGAAGUCAAACACACCAAGGAGGUUCAAAGAACAAAUGUGACACCACUGUUGAACCUUGGGGUUCAUGUCUGUAGCUUAAUGGAAUUAGUCAAGAUUUUCAUAAACAAUGAAUGGCAGACUUCUGAGAGUGGAAAUACUUUCCCAGUCUAUAAUCCAGCCACUGGGGAGCAGAUCUGUGAAGUUCAAGAAGCUGAAAAGGCUGAUGUAGAUAAAGCAGUUCAAGCUGCCCAACUGGCCUUUUCUUUGGGUUCUGUGUGGAGGAGAAUGGAUGCCUCAGAAAGGGGGCGACUGCUGGAUAAAUUAGCCGAUCUGGUGGAAAGGGAGAGGACUGCUCUUGCUACACUUGAAUCUCUAAACAGUGGCAAACCAUUUAUACAGUCUUAUUAUGUGGAUCUCCAAGGUGCGAUCAAAACAUUCAGGUACUAUGCUGGCUGGGCCGACAAGAUACAUGGACUGACUAUCCCAGCAGAUGGAGAUUACUUAACGUUUACUAGACAUGAACCCAUUGGCGUGUGUGGUCAGAUCAUCCCAUGGAACUUCCCCCUGCUGAUGUUUGCCUGGAAGAUUGCUCCUGCCCUGUGCUGUGGGAAUACUGUAGUAAUUAAACCCGCUGAACAGACUCCGCUCACUGCUCUCUAUAUGGGAGCCCUCAUCAAAGAGGCUGGUUUUCCACCAGGAGUUGUUAACAUUUUACCAGGAUAUGGUCCAACUGCAGGCGCGGCAAUAGCUUCUCACAUUGGAAUUGAUAAAGUUGCAUUCACUGGUUCCACUGAGGUUGGAAUGCUUAUUCAAGAAGCAGCUGGCAGAAGCAAUUUGAAGAGAGUGACUCUUGAAUUAGGAGGAAAGAGCCCCAACAUUAUCUUUGCUGAUGCAGAUUUGGAAUAUGCAGUUGAGCAAGCACAUCAAGGUGUCUUCUUUAACCAAGGACAAUGCUGUACGGCUGGCUCACGGACGUUUGUAGAAGAUUCCAUUUAUGAGGAGUUUGUUCGGAGAAGUGUCGAACGUGCAAAGAGAAGAAUAGUUGGAAGCCCUUUUGAUCCCACUACAGAACAAGGCCCCCAGACUGAUAAGAAGCAAUAUAACAAAAUACUGGAACUUAUUCAGAGUGGAAUAGCUGAAGGAGCUAAGCUGGAAUGUGGUGGAAAAGCAUUGGGAAGAAAAGGAUUUUUUAUAGAACCAACCGUUUUCUCCAAUGUAGCGGAUGAUAUGCGGAUUGCCAGAGAAGAGAUUUUUGGACCUGUUCAACAGAUAUUAAGGUUUAAAACUGUUGAGGAAGUUAUUGAAAGAGCCAACAAUUCAGAUUAUGGUCUAGUAGCAGCUGUUUUCACCAAUGAUAUCAACAAAGCCUUGACUGUUUCUUCAGCAAUGCAAGCUGGAACUGUUUGGAUAAACUGUUACAAUUCUCUGAAUGCACAAAGCCCAUUUGGAGGCUACAAAAUGUCUGGCAAUGGAAGAGAAAUGGGAGAGUAUGGGCUGAGGGAAUAUACAGAAGCAAAAACAGUGACUAUAAAGAUUCCACAGAAGAAUUCCUAAAAAGACAAUUGCAAGAAACGCAACAUGCAAAUAAACAGAGUCCUGCGCCUAAGCAUGCAUUAACUCUGUUCUCUUGAAUGGGCAUUGAGACAUGCAUGGGUUUAACGCCAUUGUACUUAGUCUGGACUGUCUCCUACAUUUCUUCUUCGAGCAAACACCUAAAAAAACAUACUGCGUAUAAUUAUACAGUAUAUUUAAAUUGUUUCUGUAGUUUUAAAGCAAAAAAAUAUGGGAAGACCCAUAAAGGAAUUGUAGCUGUCCCAUAUACUUUUUCAGAACAGUAAGGUAGGAGCCAAUGUAUUGUAUUUAAAGUAGGUAUUUUGUAGUUAUCCGUCCUUAUGUAUAGUCUGGAAUGUGUAAGAGUUAAGUCCAGCUAUUCACAAGUCUCCUCUUAGAAUUCUGCAUUGACUUUGUACAUGAGGUCUACACGGUAUCACUGUGAAUUCCUUAUUGCCCUUUUUAGUAUCAUCUUUAAAACUCCUGGAACUUUAUUUAUUGCUUAAUAAAACAGAAUAGAUAAGUGAAGCAGACUUUGUUUUUUUAGAUAUUUGAAAAGUUUACUUGUAAUGGCUCAUAAAAUUGAGAAGAGUUCUGCUUAAAAAGGGUCUAAAAUUUUAGGGAAUUUUAUUAGUUUAUAAGACAAGUCAUUACAGUUUUAAGGCACUACUGCAUUUUAAUAUGCUGAGUUAAAAUGGAAACGUGUGCAGUGCUGGAUGUUUACUUUAUGCAUGUUACUGUUGCUUAUAGUGUAUAGAGAUUCCUAUUGUAGGCAUAUUUAGAGUAUCCUUGUAUUGCGCUUCCCAUUUUAACUCUAUGUAUGUAAAUAUAUGAAAUUACUCUUUCUUGUUCUUUAUAAAUAUUCAUGAAACUACAAA